UGCGGGCCGCUUAGGCGCGCGGUUUGAAGGCGCGGGGCGCGCGCGCGCGGCGGCUCUUUCCUCAGCGCCGUCUCGCGGCUGUAGGGGCCGUGAGGGUCCCCCGCGCUCCGGGCCGCUCGCUUUGGGCGCGCUUCGUUCUGCCGGGGGAGGCUUUGGCACCCGCAGUAACAUUGAUUCAGAGAAAUGGACAACAACAUUUAUCAAGUUUAUGAAGACGAAAUCCAGUCACUGGAAGAAGAAAUUAAACAAUUGACUGAAAAGUAUGAAGAUAGCCAACAAGAAUCCACUGUUUUUUCUGAUGAGGAGAUAUUAAUGGCAAAAAAAUUAUUCCAGAGAGAAUUUCAGAGACAAUUGAAGGGAUGUGAUUCUCCAUCAGACCUGAAAGCUCAACUUGAAAGUCUAGAAGCAGAUCUCUCAUUUUUAAUGAAAUUUACUGGUAUUCAUUUCACAAAUCAUUCCAAGAAAACAAUGGAAAAGACUAAAACCAGAACAGUGCAGAAGCACAGAUUAUCAGGGAAUUGCCACUCCCUGUCUUUUCAGUUGGAAUUUCAGCUUCUUGAAAUGCAGAACAAAGAGAAUGUGUCUAUUGUUGUUACUGAUCUCAGUGUUAUAAUGGAAUCUGGAGAAGAUUCAGAUGUGAGCAAGUUUGUGUCAAGCACUGAAGAACGUGGAGAUCUUUUAGCAUUUUUCAGAAGCCUUUUGUCUUAUGCCGAGUGGUAUAAACAUCGUAGAUGCACCUUCCAACAUUUCAAGGCCAAAUACCCCAACAUUGUGGCCCUUCCGGAAGGAGUGCUGGGAGAUUAUAUAAUUCUAAGGAGCCCCAAACUUUCUGGGUUUGAAUUAAUGGUUGUUUGGAAGAUACGUAUAGAUGAAGAAGGGAGAACUACACCUGUUCUGGACCUCCUGACUAAAGUACCGGAGCAAGUCUUGGAUCUGAAGACAGCAGCUAUUGAAAAUGCACCCGCCGGCUUCCGAAGCAUGCUGCUUCUGUUUGGGAUUGAGUCAGCCAUUGAGAAUCUGAUCAAAGUGGUUGCCUUGCAAAAAUGAAUACCAGCGUGACUUACAACAGGUAGCAAUUUCAAAAGUAGUUUUAAUUAAGAUAUUGUGUUACACAGUCUAUAAUUUUAUUGAAUAUAAACAUUAAGUUAUUUUCCAUUUAGAAACCAUACUCAUAAAACAUGCUAUCUGUACAAUUAUGGCACGUUAUAUAUAAAUUGUCAUGACAUGAAAAUAAAUACAGCCAUUUAAAUACAAAAAUGCCAAAUAAAA